GUUGCAUUUAUUACCAGCAGUAGUCACGUCAGCAUCUGAGUUCUGAGUAGACCAUUUCAGGAGAAGUCCAUUCAGCAACAUGCUCCGACUAGCAAAGGGCAAUGACAGGUGGAGUGAUGAGUUUGAUAAUCAAAUAGAAGAACUGGAUACUACUGACCUGUGGAUACUGCAUGUAAUUGAAAAUAGUUUACCAAAUGGUGGACUAAAGUAUGAGCAAACCACAUUUGGAAGCUUUCAGUGCUCAUACUGCAGAUGUCAAUGGAGUUCAGCCAAUGUCCACAUUAUGUUCCUUAUAACACUGGCCCAAGACCGUAAAUGUGGCAUUGUGAAGAUGAAGAUUUCCAGGCAGUCAUGCGAGAUAUGCAAUAGUGGUAUGAUGAAAACACCUCAGAUUUCACAUGAAAAUAUUAAAAGAAUUAUGAAGAAUUUGGUUGUGAAGAUCAACCGCACUUUCUAUGAGCAAGAAGACUAUGGGCGACUUUCAAGGUCAAUCAACUACUAUAGAAAACCUAAAGGCCCUCAUAACAUAGAGCACUGUGAGAUGUGCCAGCAAGAUGAGGAGAAGGAAGGUUUAUCACCAUUUCUAGCUGUAGCAGGUGUUGCUGUAGGGAUUGGGGCUUUAGUAUUAGCUGGUAUGGCUUUUUCCAAAACUAAAGACUCCUCUAAAAAGUGAUUUCAUUCAUUUGCAUGGUCUGAGUUUAUCAGCUUUUUCAGCAUUAACCUGUCACUUCA